UUGAACACAUAUUUUCGCAAAGGAAAUGGAUAAUGCUCUGACAUGCCUUAGUGCAUUAAGAUAACGAGACGGGCCUUUAAGUAUGGUAAAGUAAUCUCCACCAAUCAACACAUCUGAUUUGCUUAAACUCCUCGGAACUAUCCACGGUGUAUUAAAAUUUAUUAUUUUUUUCUGUCUGCAACAUGUGUAUGACAGUAUUACUAGCCAAUCCACUAAAAACUGCGUAAUCACAACUGGGCAGUAAUCUAUUGAAUUUACAUAAUUUAGCAUGAAGCAACACAAUUACCCUAAUUAAUGCCUUAUGUUUUAUGUUACAAGGAAUGUAUAGAGUUGUUGCAACUCUGAGCAAUCUCCAGGAGAACACACUUUUAGAAACUGUCAAUGGAGAUGAGUUAAUAAGUGCUUCUGACAUCCUGGACAUUGAUGUUUAUGACGAAUUUCAAGAGAAAAUAAGUACCACUUGUGAGAUCAAAUUUCCUGUUAUUAAGGUUGAAGCAACAGGAAGCUUGUAUGAAGCCCCAGUAUGUUAUUUUACACAAAACUAUAGUGCUUCAGCAAAUAUGUGGUCAACAGAGGGCUGUGUGACGAUCUAUGAUGAUGACUACUUCGUAAGAGGCGUGACAUGUAAAUGCAACCAUUUGACGUCAUUCGUACUUCUGAUGAAACCGAAAAAGAUUUAUGAGAACAAGAUUUUGUCCGUUCUUACAAACGUUGGAGCUGCAAUUUCGAUUGUUUUUCACAUUAUAACUCUCCUUAUCAUCUGCGGCUUCAAAGAUUUAAGAAAAUCGCAUCGAUACAGAAAUUUGCGACACUUGGUCAUUGCUCUACUCUGUGCUAAUUUCUUCUUUCUGUUGCUGGAAAUUGAUUUGAACAAUAUACCGAUCGCCUGCAGUCUUCUUGCUGGAUGCCUGCACUUCAGUUUUUUGGCAGCGUUUUCGUGGAUGCUGAUCAUGUCAACAGAUAUAUACAUGAAGAUUAAUCAUCCGUUUGUUAAUCAUGAAAAGCGAUUCUCGUACAGUCGGUAUUGUGGUUGGAUUGGACCAAUCAUUGUUGUCGUGGCAACUAUCGGUAUUACAAGUGGAAAGUACGCAUCUGAUAGGUGCUGGUUGGACACUCGUUCUGGUGCCAUCUGGGCUUUCAUUUCUCCAGUGUGCCUUAUAGUUUUGAUUGUACUCGUACAGUUGCUGGUUAUUGGCUACGUUGCGUUCAAGAAGUCACAACUGCCGAACCAAUCUGAAGAAGAAAUGCAAAAACUCAAAAGAAUCAGAACAAUGCUUGGUGGUAUAUUGCUCCUUACACCAGCUGUCGGACUUUCGUGGAUCUUCGGCGUCAUUGUCAUAUUCGACAAUUCAGCAAUUAUGGAAUACACCUACGUUAUCUUGAAUUCGAUGCAAGGCUUCUUUAUAUGGUUAACGCAGUGCGUCUUCAGCAAAGAGGUUCGACAGACAUUCAAGAAGAGUUUCGGCAACCGAAUUAGGCAACAUAGUAGCGAUACAAUGGGAAAUGAAACUAUAGGCCUAACUACGAGUACAGCAAAGUGAAUGGUCAAUGGUUAUAGUUAAUUAAUGGUCAUGUAUUUUUAUAGCGCCUUCUGAAUUAAGCAACAUAAACUAUAUUAUAAGCGAUACAAUAAUGGGAAACAAAUCUAUAGGCCUAACUACGAGUACAGCAAAGUGCGUAGCCAGUGGUCAAUGGUCAUGUGUUUUUAUAGCGCCUUCCCAGCGCUUUAAAGAAAUACUUCAGUGAGUUCUAGAGGGCUUCUCUGAGCCCUGGAAUCUUCGAGAGUCUAGACAGUAUAUCCAGAUUUACCAGUAAAUAAUUAACGUUACGGCACGUUUUAAAUAAACGUCCACGCCACA